AUGAGCCGAGAUGAGAAGAUGAAGCAUGGGUCCGUCUUGGUCAAUGAAGAUGGAACAGGGCAAUUGACAGAACGUGCAACGUCCUCUCGAUCGACGCAGCUGGACAGUGAAAACGAAAAGCAGAACAAGGACCAGAGGGCACCAGUCCAAACUGCACGACGAAGUUUCAAUCCGUUGCGACUUCAGAAGAUCCCCCCAGUGCCAGAGGAAAGAGGAGUUUGCAAGGAGUACGGAGCCAACUUCCUCAGUCGUGUCACAUUCCAAUGGGUCGCGCCUUUGAUCAAGACCGGCUACCUGCGCCAGUUAGAGAUCCAAGAUAUUUGGUCAGUCAAUCCGGAUAGAAAAGUGGACCUUAUGACGGCCAGGUUCGAUAUUGCACUGAAACAACGAAUGGAAAGGGGCUCCAAUAAGCCACUUAUUUGGGCUCUAUUCGACACAUUCAGGCGUGAUUUCAUCGUUGGUGGUAUAUGCCAGGUGGUGAGCAUGAUACUCGCCGUCGUGACACCAUAUCUUGUCAGAAACUUAACUAGCUAUGCAAUGGAUGCAUAUGCCGCCCAUCACGGCAAUCAUCCCAAGCCCGAUCUUGGCCGCGGCCUAGGAAUCGCCUUCGGAAUUCCUGUCAUGCAAGCAGUACAAACUCUAUGCUUAAGCCAGGCUUUCUAUCACGGAAUGUUAUCGGGUGGCCAGAUUAGAGCGGUGCUUGUCUCUGUGAUAUACACCAAGGCGAUGAAGUUAUCGGCUCGUGCGAAAGCCGGGAGCGGAUUGUCACCUGCACGCAACAAUAAACGCAUGAAAGGUCCCCCGCGGCAGACUAUGCGGGGAGGCCAUGGCACUAAUGGGGGCAAUGGCUGGGGUAGCGGGCGCAUAAUCACUUUAAUGGGUGUGGAUGUGGACCGUAUCGACAGAGCGUGUGGGCUGAUUCACAUGCUUUGGACUACCCCUAUCGUUCUGGGAGUAGCCUUGAUCUUCAUGGUCAUCAAUAUCGGCUACAGUGCGCUUCCUGGCUACGGACUGGCAGUAUUCGGAGCGAUUGUGCUGGCAUACUGUGUCAAGUCCCUUAUCACGCUCCGAAGAGCAGUAAACAAGAUCACUGACCAGCGAGUGUCUUUGACACAAGAGAUUCUCUCAAGCGUCAAGUUUGUCAAAUUCUUCGGUUGGGAAAGCAGCUUUCUGGAACGACUGGAGGAUACGCGCAAACGCGAAAUCAGUUCUAUCCGACGGCUACUGGUUAUCCGACAUGCCAUAACAGUGAGCAUGCUUUCGCUACCAGCAUUGUCUUCGAUGUUGUCUUUCAUUACUUAUGCAUUAACGAAUCAUGCUCUGUCUCCUGACCGCAUUUUCUCGUCGUUGGCCUUGUUCAACGCUCUCCGAAUGCCGCUGGCGAUCCUGAACCUCGCAAUGACGCAGGCAACCGAUGCCUGGACUGCCCUCGGCCGUAUUCAAGAAUUCUUGCUGGCCGAAGAACGCGAAGAAAGCAUUAUUUGGGAUUCUACGAUGGCAAUGGCUGUUGAGGUUGAACGUGCUUCUUUCACAUGGGAGAGUGUGCGCGACUCUACGGAAACAUCAGCACACUCCCGUCCAACACAUGCUGCCAUCACUUCUGCCAAGUCAGAGCCGGCACCAGCCCAUGCUCUUUCCGAGAAGGAGAUUGACCUCAAACUUCCAUUCCAACUGAAGGAUAUGAGCUUUGAGAUCAGUCGCGGUGAGUUGAUUGCAGUUAUCGGGCCUGUAGGCAGUGGAAAAACUUCACUCCUGGCAGCCUUAGCAGGCGAUAUGCGACAAACUACAGGAACUUUACGGAUGGGGGUCACUCGUGGGUACUGCCCACAGUAUGCCUGGGUACAGAAUACCACAGUUCGCAACAACAUCCUAUUCGGAAAGGAAUAUGAUGAGGCUCGAUACAACCAGGUGAUUGAUGCAUGCGCACUUCGUUCGGAUCUGGCGAUGUUUCCGGACGGCGAUCAAACUGAAGUUGGUGAGCGUGGCAUCACUAUUUCGGGCGGCCAGAAGCAGCGACUAAACAUUGCGCGGUCUAUCUAUUCAGACUCAGAGCUCGUCCUCAUGGAUGAUCCUCUGUCGGCGGUUGAUGCGCACGUAGGACGUCACAUCAUGGAUAAGGCCAUUUGCGGACUUCUCAAGCACCGAUGCCGAGUGUUAGCAACCCAUCAAUUGCACGUGCUUGGGCGUUGCGACCGCAUUAUUGUUAUGGAACAUGGGAAGAUCAACGCGAUUGGAACAUUCGACAAUUUGAUGCAGUCGAGUGACGUCUUCAAGCGGCUAAUGUCAAUAACAUCCCAACAAGACGCUUUGGAUUCAGAACCAUCGAGCACCAGCGCUACUACCGAUGAGAAGCCGGAAACUGCGCGCAGAGUCCCAGGGGGUGCCUUGAUGCAAAAAGAGGACAUGGCAACUGGCUCUGUUGGCUGGGACGUGUUGAGAACAUAUAUAAAGGCAUCAGGGUCGUAUCUCAAUGUUCUUGUCUCAUUGUGCCUAAUCCUUAUUGUCAAUGGCGCGUUGGUGAUGUCGGGGCUUUGGUUGUCAUUUUGGACUUCUAACAGGUUUUCUAGUUUAAGCACAGGUCAGUACGUGGGGAUUUACAUCGCGGUCUGUUGUAGCCAGUUCAUCGCAAUGUAUGUCUUCGCGGCGCAUGUGACUAUUGUCGGCGCCAACGCCAGCAAGAAGAUGCUUCAACGUGCAAUGUAUCGGGUUUUACGAGCACCUAUGUCCUUCUUCGACACCACGCCCAUGGGUCGUAUCACAAACCGUUUUUCGAAGGAUGUGCAAGUGAUGGACAGCGAUCUACCCGAUUCAAUUCGAUUGUUCUCCUUGACAUUGUCACAGAUCACAUCCACGAUUGCGAUGGUGAUUGCUUUCUACUACUAUUUUGCUAUUGCACUGGGGCCUUUGAUUCUCCUAUUCAUCUUUGCCGCGAGCUACUACCGUGCGUCGGCCCGCAAUCUCAAGCGCCACGAAGCAGUCCUUCGUUCAGGGGUUUUUGCUCGGUUCGGCGAGGCCAUCGCAGGUUCUGCGUGCAUUCAAGCAUACAAAGCCGAGGAGCACUUCAAACGGUCUAUUCAUAGAGCCAUUGAUGAGAUGAACGGCGCCUACUUCUUGACUUUUGCCAACCAACGGUGGCUUGGAGUCCGAUUAGAUCUGAUUGGCACGUUGCUAACUCUGGUGACGAGUCUCCUUGUUGUGACUUCACGCUUGGAUGUCUCGCCCAGUAUUGCGGGUCUGGUCUUGUCAUAUGUGGUUUCGAUAACCCAGAGCUUUACGUUCACUGUGCGACAAUUCGCCGAUGUGGACAAUAACAUGAACGCGGCCGAGCGCGUGAACCAUUAUGGCACGCAGCUGGCGGAAGAGGCUCCUCUUCGCCUGACCGAUGUUGGACCUGAUUGGCCCUCUGCUGGUCGCAUCACAUUUACUGACGUGCAGAUGCGCUAUCGAGCCGGACUCCCUUUGGUCCUUAAGGGACUUUCCAUGGACAUCCAAGGCGGGGAACGCAUAGGUAUCGUAGGCCGCACAGGUGCGGGCAAGUCCAGCAUCAUGGCCGCUUUGUUCCGGUUGACGGAGCUUUCAGGGGGUAAAAUUCAUAUUGAUGGGGUCGACAUCGCCACGAUCGGAUUAUACGAUCUUCGUACACGGCUAUCGAUCAUCCCGCAGGAUCCGACCCUGUUUAAAGGAACGAUCCGCUCCAACUUGGACCCAUUCCAUGAGCACACUGACCUUGAACUUUGGUCUGCGCUACGUAAAGCGCAUCUGGUACAAGACCAGGAUGUUUCAGACGAGGAAAGCAUCGAUAAAAGCACCGCGAUACCCGUGCCGGCCGACACGAGUCACGCCACCGUGCAGAAACGUCUGCACCUGGAUACCGUGGUGGAAGAAGACGGACUAAACUUCUCGCUCGGGCAAAGACAGCUGAUGGCGCUGGCACGAGCUCUGGUGCGCGACUCGCGCGUGAUUGUUUGCGACGAGGCAACCUCGUCCGUGGAUUUCGAGACGGACCAGAAGGUCCAGGAGACGAUGGCGCAUGGGUUCGAGGGCAAGACCUUGCUGUGCAUCGCGCAUCGCUUGCGCACGAUCCUGAAUUACGACCGCAUCUGCGUUAUGGGCCAGGGAAGCAUAGUUGAGAUGGACACGCCGCUGCGGCUGUGGAAGGCGGGGGGUGUGUUUCGAGACAUGUGUGAUCAGAGCGGGAUCACUCGGGAGGACUUUUUCAAUUGA